AUGUCGAAGGUUCAGGAAACGAUCGUUUCGCAGGUGUUGGCGCCAGAUGCUCUGCGUCGUGGAGUCAUCCUGUUUCUCAUUGUCUUCUUUGCAUACCACCUCUUUCGUGCCAUUUUCUUUGACCGCCUAGCCAAGGUCCCCUCUGCUCAUUGGUCUUGUUCGUUCAGUCCCUUCUGGAUUUUGUGGCAGCGCUACAAUGGCAACGAGUUGAAAGCUAUCAGGGAAGCCCACCAGAAGCUGGGAACCAUCGUUCGCGUAGGUCCUCAGGAUCUCAGCAUAAGCGACUAUCAGACCGGAGUCCGCCAAGUUUACAACGCUGGCUUUGAGAAGCCACACUACUUCAACUUUUACCAGUAUUAUGGGCGAGUGUCUUCGUGCUAUUCCAAGACCACUUUAUUCGCUUCCAAGCAGCUCAAGCGAACCACGGAGAAGAUGCUAUUCGAACGCCUGGUACCAGAGCUUCAGAACGCCGCGAACCUCGGGCAACCGGUAGAACUCCUCCGGCUGUGCUAUGCCAUCAGCCUAGAUGCCCUCAACUGCUACAUCUUUGGCGUUUCCAGCGGGCCCAACUUCACGCAAAACCCACAGCUUCUCGAGGCAUGGUUGAACCACUACGAGAACCGCUACUGCAAAGAAUCCUUCUGGUUGCAGGAGAUGCCAUCUGUGGCGCGCGGACUGCAACGCCUUGGCCUCGAUGUCAUGCCGCGCUAUCAUUACGAGUCAACAGAGUGGAUUGAGAACUGGAUGCUCGAGCACUGCAGGAAGGCGGAAGAGGUGUGUCUGAAGAUCGAACAAGGUGAUGAGCCCGAGAUAGAGGACUUUCCAUCUGUCUAUCAGCAAAUCAGAACUUCCAUGGCACGGGCGAAGGACGGAAAAUUCCUCGGAAGACCUUUGACGAAGGAUCUGAUCCAGAAAUCGAUUGCGAGCGAGCUUUUCGACCACAUGUGCAUGGUAUUCGCAUACAUGAUCUACUAUCUAGCUCAGCACCCGGAGCAGCAGGAUCGACUCCGACAAGAGGUCUCUGUCCUCGGGGAGCAUCUUGACGACAGCGAGGAUGCGCUUCCACCGCCGGACGUACUGCAGUCACUCGAUUACCUGCAGGCAGUGAUCAAGGAAUCACUUCGGAUGCGCCCAAACAGCACUCCUCUCCCCAGAAUUACUCCACAUGACCGGGAAGUCAGCAUCGCCGGCGUUGACGGCAUCCCUCCAGGCACGCGAGUCAACUGCUUCCAGUGGCUCCUUCACCGUAACCCUGAAGUCUGGGAACAGCCAGACAGCUGGGUUCCAGAGCGCUGGCUUGACGCUGAUGGCAAGGAGAGGCGCGACAUGCCGCCUCUCUGGUCAUUUGUCACGGGACCAAGGGCCUGCAUCGGCAUGCAGUUGACUUAUUACUUCUUCAACUACAUGCUCUCUGUCAUGUCGUCCAACUUCACUUUUGAGGUCGCUCGUCCGGAGACGUACGGUCGUCACUCCCCUGGCACUUUGGAGGACGAGAUAUAUGUUACAGUUAAGCCUGUUGUGGCCGCCCUGUGA